AUGGUUUGGCUGUUCUGUGGUCCCUCCAGCAGUCCGAUGGGGUCAAUGGCGAGGGAGAGAGACCGUAGGCCCUCCGCGGGGCCCGGGAGGCCGCAACUCACGCUGCGCUGCCACGUCGGGGGCACACGCGGGGUGCCUUUGUUCGAGGCGUUCCGGAACUGCCGUCCAGUGUGCGUCGUCACGACGAACCUGUACUUCACAGGGCACACGAGGGCGCUCCAGGGAUCUAAUUCGCAGUGGGACCAGCUUGUGUCGUUGAAACUGCCCAGGAAUCCAGUGUCAGACCAGGUCCGUGUGAUCGUGUACGAUAUCGUGGAGGUCCCAGCGGUGACGGCGGCGGCUACGGUUGCGUUGGAUAGACUGUCCCCAUCGCCCUCACCGCAUCAGUCGUCAUCGUCUGUAUCCGUCUCGACAACUGUCUCCACCGCAGCAGCAGCUUCUUUCUCCUCUUCGCCCUCUGGGCAUCACAGACACAAGUACCUGUACGUCGGAGAGGUGCAGUUGAACGUGGCACAGCUGUUCGAUGAAGGGAAGUGCUUUGACGGUCCAUGGCAGCCGCAAUGGUACACUCUGUACGACCGGAAGCGGGAGCUCGAGUGGCGGCUCGCAAGGGACCAGCGAAGGGAGUUCCCCAUGGGUGAGCUGCAACUGUCCUUUACCCUCGUCGCAAGCAUGGCAAGACAGUUUACGCUCCAGGAGGCCUUUGCACUGUGGCUUGAGACACUUGCCUCACGGACCACAGAGAAACAAUUGGGGAAACUUGUCCCUCUGGAUGGUAGUACGGAAGUUGGGGACAGUACGGGGGACAACGAUGCUGCCUCCACAGCCGCAGCACCUUUCGACUUGAAGUCGCUUGUGACUGCACUAGAUGAGUACGAUGUCGUGAGCGAGGCUCAACUCGAUGACGACGACGACGAUGAGGACGAUGAGGACGAUGACGCCUUGACAAGCGAGCAAUUGAACGAUAUACAGGUUCUGUUGCAAGAGGUGCGCGAUGAAGACGACGACGAAGACCAGAGUUUUUCCUCCGCGAACUCAUCGCCCGAGUUGCUCACCGCACGGUCUAGAACAAGCAGUCUCGGGGAGUUGGGGAGUGACGGGUACUCUCGGGACUCGGACGUCUCGAGCUCAGAGGCGCUCUCCAUGGCAGACAGCGCCAAUCGUUACAACGAUGAGGAUGACGAGUUACAUAGCAGCGACACGAGCAGGUCGCUCCAGUUUAAACCGGACGGCGGGAAACUGCUCAAUUUGAGGCGCAGGACAAGGUCCAAUUACCUCAAGAGGUAUAACAUAGAUCACAAGAGCCUGACAAGCUUUAAAGUAUCGAAACGACAGCACUCUUUGGGGGUUGUGUUUAUAGAAUUGCAAAGCAUUAGGAACUUACCCAUCCUCAAGAACAAAAUAUCGAGACGGAAAUACGACAUGGAUCCCUUCAUCAUCACUACUUUUGGUAGGCGAGUCUUUAAAAGCUCUUUCAAGAAACAUACGCUGAACCCAAUUUACAACGAGUGCCUAGCGUUCGAACUGUUCGAAAAGGAGUCACACUUCUCUCUCCACUUUAAAAUCAUGGACAAGGAUUCCUUCUCCUUCAACGACGAGAUCGCACUGCACGACCUCCCCUGGGAACAAAUAUCCGCAGUACUGUCCUCUCAGAGUGACACUUUGGACUGGCAACAAUUCGAAAUCCCACUGACUCUGACAGCAAAGAAGGUGACCCCAAACACACAACAACCAGUGCUAAACAUCAAAGUUAAGUUCACACCUUACAACCUCUUGAAGAGGAAUUUUUGGAAGCACGCCGUGGCAGUCAACUCACCAAAGACGCACUACGAUUUUGUCGACUUGCUUCUAUUUCUAGAUAAAUUAGGUUGCUUCACAGAUUACGACGCUCUCGAGUUUUUCCAAAGGUUCGACAAACACGCCUGGGCAGGAGAGUUCAUUACACAGAAUGAACUGACCAGAGGACUAGAGACGUGGACGAAACUGGCAGAGUUUAAAAACAUUUGGCGGUGCCCAAGUUGUCUCAAGGCAAAGAAGAAGAGUAACAACUCAAGGAAAUCGAAAUUGACAAGGGAGAACGACCUCAUCACACAUUUCGCGAUAUGUUGCUUCCAACAGGGGGAUAAAGUGCUGAAACCAUCGUACGUGUCCUCAGCAAUGGCGUCGAAACGGUGGUUCAGCAAAGUCUGGAUCAAACUAACGUACGGGAAGUACGCGCUCGGUUCCAACAACGCCAAUAUCCUAGUCCAAGACAGAGACACGGGUAUCAUCAUUGAGGAGAAGAUCAGUGCACAUGUGAAGCUCGGGAUGCGAAUUAUUUACAACGGUAAGGGCAAAGAAUCUAGGAAGUUUCGGAACUUGCUCAAGACUUUGUCCGUUCGCCAGGGGAAGAAAUUUGACGACCCGUCCUCGGUGAAACAAAUCGAUUCGUUCAUCAAGUUUCAUUCUCUAGACUUGUCCCAGUGCCUUGACACAAAGUUUAACACGUUCAACGAGUUCUUCUACAGAAAAUUGAAACCGGGGAGCAGGCCCGUGGAGAAUGCGGACCCGCAGGUGAUGGUAUCGCCCGCGGACUCCCGAUGCACAGUGUUCUCGAGCAUAGAGAAGACGAAGAGAUUGUGGAUCAAGUCCUCCAAGUUCAGCAUCGAGAAGUUGGCCCAAAAUUACCGGAUGGACCAGUUCAAAGACAAGUGCACGAGUAUAGCCAUCUUCCGACUCGCCCCACAGGACUACCAUAGGUUCCACUGCCCCUGCGACGCCGUCAUGGGCGAGCCGCGAUUCAUCGAGGGCGAGUACUACACGGUGAACCCGAUGGCGAUCCGGAGCGAGCUCGACGUGUUUGGCGAAAACGUGAGGGUAGUCAUCCCGAUGCAGUCUGCCGAGUUUGGCGAGUUCCUCUUGAUUGCUGUGGGCGCCAUGAUGGUCGGUUCUGUCAUCUUAACCAGGAAAUUUGGAGACAAAGUACAGAAGGGCGAGGAGCUCGGAUACUUCAAGUUUGGCGGGUCGACAAUCAUCCUUGUGCUGGCGCAGCCCUCAGUGCUAUUCGACUCGGACCUAGUCAACAACUCAAUAGAGCAGAUCGAGACUCUCGUGAAAGUCGGGAUGUCGAUCGGUCACACUCCGGGGUCGAAGGAAUGUAAGCGCACACACAGGUCCGUUGCGAACGCGAACGAGCUGGACCGGAUCAAGAGAACGAUCAGUGUCGGGGCGUGCAGUAUCCGCGAGCUCGGCGGUGUCACAUGGCAGUACGACACUUUGAAGAGUCUCAUCAAGGACGAUCUUGGUACACCUGGAGAUGUCUCUACGAAGCGGUAA